AUGCAGCAGCGCAUCAUGGAGCACGUGCGCGACUCAGUUGGAGCGCUGGGGGCUCCACCGGCAGGCGUCGACACCUCGGAAGCUCUGCGGAGGCUUCGAGCGCCUGGCUUCUACGGCUCCGACGAGGACGUGAAGCUGGGGAACUACAAUCCCGAUCUGCUCUCGCUGCCGUCCGUGGGGAGCCAUGCGGUUCCGCUCGCGGACUUGUGGGGCGCAGGCGGGCGCAGGCGCGUCGCGGAGUUCGUCCGCGAUAGUGUGCUACCUGCGGGACCGGCGCUGGAGAGGAGGAAGAUGCGCGGCGUGAGGGCGCCCUAUUCCGACCCAGCUCUUCGCCAACCGCGUGUGUGGAGCGAUUUUGUUUCGCGGCUUCAUCGCAGCGGCCUGCUAGAUUUUGCCUACGACCGCGGCAGAGAGUCCGUGGAAUUCUUCUGUGUUCCGAAAAAGGAUCAGCGAUUGAGACUCGUUUGCGAUUGUCGUCACAGCAACGUUUGGUUUCGUGAGCCUGAUAAUGUGACCCUUUGUACUGGUGAGACCCUUGGGAACCUCGAAGUCGGUGAAGACGAGACGCUUUAUAUUUCGGAAGCUGACCUGUCCAAUGCAUUCUACCAUUUGCAGCUGCCUGUCGAGUUGCGGGAUCUGUUCGCCCUUAGGCGCGUCCGUGCUCGGGAUAUCGGCUUGACUGAGAUCGACGGGAUGCCGUAUGUCGACAACUUCGUGGCUAUUUCGACCGUCGCCUCCAAGGUGCAUCGCCUCGCGUCCGCCGUCGUGGAGGGUUUCAGGGAGGCGGGGUUGGUCGUGACCGCCGAUGUCGACUCGCCCGGAGAGGAUCUCGCUGGGGACCGCACCGUCUUGGGAUGGGAUAUCAGUUGUCGUGCCGCUGUCCUGAGGCCUACCCGGGCCCGUGUCUGGAGGGCCCGCUUGUGCGUCCGUGCCGUGCUUCGUCGUGGCCGCAUCUCUGGGAAUAUCCUCGAGAGGCUUGUGGGGCACAUGGGGUUUAUCAGCCUGGUCCGACGGGAAAGCCUCUCGGUCUUCGACACGCUGUUCGCGUUCAUCCGCCGCUUCUACUCCGAGGAGGCCCCGCUGUGGCCCAGUGUCAUCAACGAGCUCGCGAUCUGGGAGGGGAUCGCGCCGCUGCUGUGGCGCAACCUGAAGGCUGCCGCCGCUGCCGCCGUGUCCGACGACCCCGAGGCGCAGUGGCUGUCUGGAGUGCACGACAACGGGUGCGGAGGUCUCUGGGAUGUUGAUGGGGGGCCGCCGCCUGCUGGCAGUACCGCCGCCGUCCUAGGUUCCGGGCUCGGCGAUUCUCGUGACGCCGUGUUUCGUGAGGUACCCCUGAAGCUCUUAAGACGUGACUGGAAGAUCGUCGGGAGGUACAAGUGGAACGUUGAGGAGCCGAUGCCUAUCCUCGAGGGCCGGGCUAUCCUAUAUGCGCUCCGACACGCCCUGAGGAAUGUUCAGAACUUCGGGCGGCGGAUCGCGGUCCUGGGGGACGCCCUCGUCGCUGCCUGCGCUGUCUCGAAGGGGCGGUCUGAUUCGAGGGCGAUGCUCAAGGUCACCCAGUCCGUUGCUGCUCUCUGUCUGGCCACUGGGUGCGCGUUGCACUGCCGGUGGCUCCCCUCAGAGUGGAACGUGGCUGACGGGCCCUCGAGAGGGCUGGCAGUGCCGUCAGUGCCGCAGCCGCUGUCUCUCUCGAAGCCUCACGAGCUGGAGUGGCUUCGCUCGGCUGGGCAGCCCGCGCCUGCCCAGCGGCCGCGCCCCGCGGCAGGAGGCGAUGCUGCUGCGAGCGUCGCCGUCGACCGGCUCCCCGCCGACUGGGUCGGCUUCGCGGCCCUCGGGGAGGAGCAGCCAGACGCGGACGCCAGCCGCUUCGACCCCAUCUUCAUCGGCGGCGUUUCCUUCGCGGGCCGCUCCCAGCAGCGCGCCGGCGGCUGUGCCCGCGUGAAGGAGGCGGCGAGGCGGCGGGCGGCCGCGACCGCGGCCGAGGGGUUGACCGUUUGCCAGACUCACUCGGUUCGCCCCGCUACGUUGCGGCUGUACCAAGACGACUUUGCCUCGUUCAAGCGCUGGCUGAAUCGCCAUGGCCGCCUGAUGCCCGAGGGCGAGCUGGACACCGACCAGACCCUCUCCCAGUACUUGGACGAGAUGUACCUCGACGGCGCGCACGUGAGCUUGGGGCAGCGGAUGCUCGCCUCGGUGCUGUUCCACCAGUCGGCGCUGAGCAAGGCGGGCGGCGCGCGGAUGGCGCGGAGCUCCAGGCUCGGGGUGCCGUACGAGGUGAUGUGCGUGGUCGUGAUGUGGAUGUGGGCGCACGGCCUGUGGGAGGAGGGGCUGGUGACCUGGCUGACGUUCGAGAUGUACUACCGCCCGAACGAGCCGUUCACCCUCCGCGCGCGGGACCUCGCGCCGCCGGUGGCGGGCUCGCGGGCCGGCGGCAGCUGGUCGCUGACGCUGCACGCCCGCGAGCGCGGGGUGGCCUCAAAGACCCAGGAGUUCGACCAGGCGCAGCUCCUGGACCUGGACCGGCAGGCGGCUCUCGGCCCAGCGCUCGGCGCCGUGCUGGAGGCGCGCUUCGGGCCGCAGUGGCGCCAGGCGGUGCUGAAGCGGCCUGCGGGGGCUGCUGCGGCCCCGCCCCUCUUCACGAUCAGCAGCACCCAGGCGGGGCAGGCGUUCGACAGGGCGGUGCAG